AUGAAGGUGUACAUGUGUGCGCAAGGUGUGUGGGAUGGUAUUGAGCCUAUUGAUCCAAAGGAAGAGAUAGAGACGCGGAAGGAUCAGAUGGCUCUUACUGCCAUCUAUCAGGGUAUUAGCGAGGAGACGCUCCUUGUAUUGGCUGAGAAGGAGACGGCCAAGGAGGCAUGGGAGAUGUUGAAGACAAUGCACAUGGGCGCCGAGCGCGUCAAGGAGGCAAAGAUCCAAACUCUGAGAAGCGAGUUUGAAGGUCUACGCAUGCGUGAAGCGGAGACGGUUGAUGACUUUGCAACAAAGUUGACCACAAUAGUCAACAAAAUUCGUGCAUUGGGUGACAAGGUGGAGGAGGCUUAUGUCCUCAAGAAGCUUCUUCGUGCUGUCCCUUCCAAGUUUAUUCAGAUUGCAUCGACGAUUGAGCAGUUCAGCAAUCUCCAAACGAUGACCGUGGAGGAGGUCAUCGGGUCACUUAAAGCUCAUGAAGAGCGAUUGCGGGGUUUCGAGGAUGAGAAAGAAGAACACAUCCUAUUGACAAAGGCCAAAUGGAAGGCAAGAGAAGAAGGUGAAGUUACAUCGAACUCGUUGAGAGGACGAGGAGGAAACAACUGGCGUGGCCGUGGGCGUGGACGCGGACGCAGUGAUGAUAGAAGUGGAAUUGAAGGCACUCAUCAAGAGAAGAACUUUGACAAGACCAAGUGCAGAUCCAAGAAGAAGGAUGAGGAAGCCUAUCUUGUGGAGAAACAAGAUGAUGAUGAUGAGCCGGCGCUACUCAUGACAGAAGUAUGUGAGCGCUUGCAAGACAUGAAGCAUGCGGCAGAGGAGAUCAUGUUGCAUGAGAUGAACAUCAAGCCUAGUGUUAGAACUAAGGAAAUAGUGUAUGGGAACAACUUGUGGUAUCUUGACACGGGUGCAAGUAACCACAUGACCGGGAGCCGAAGCCAGUUCUCAGAGUUGGACGAGACAAUAGUUGGGAGAGUCAAGUUCGGUGAUGAUUCCGUCGUAAACAUCCAAGGAAAAGGCACUGUAAUGUUUCAGUGUCAAAAUGGUUAG